UGUGUAAUGAUGCUUAUAUUAUUGAUAGUAUGUGUUUAGAGGAAAGGGAAUAUGGAAUUUUCGAGAAAAUGCUUUGCCUGAAUUGCUCAAAUUCUUUGCAUUUUUGCUCUCUAGUCCUGCUACAUCACAAUGAACCUAAAAUGGCGAGAUCAAAGAAACAGUUCAAGUUUACAAUUAAUAAAAAAGGAACUUUUAAUAACUAUCAAUUUACCAAACUCCAAAAUGUUAUUAUAUAAAUAUUAAUUGUUAUUAUUAUUAUAUUUUUAUAUAAAUAUUAAAUAUUUCUACAAUAAGUUAUAUUUUUUACCAUGUUAUUGAGAUCUAGUGCUAUAUUUUUUUUUGCCAAUGUGCUACAUUGAUUUAGCCUAAAAAGUCUAAAAAUGCUAGUGUGUAGUUGAUAGUCGACAUACCGAAAUGAAUAGAACCAACAAUCUGGCCCGGACCUGUGGAUUCGACGCUCGAUAAUUACUUAACGGCGUAUAAUUAUCUUACGAAAAAUUGAAAGUGGUGUGUUAAGAGAUGAAGAUUGCCAAACGCCGAGAUUUAACGCGACUUAUCUCGAAACGGUACGUGCCGGGGUGUGUAGUCGCCGCAUCGUAACUAGUCGGGCGUGUCUCAUUUGUACGAUCGUCACACAAUACCUAGACGUCUAUUAAAAUAUAUUAAACAAUUUCAGGAUUAAUCGAAUUGAUUGACAGCGCGAAAUUGAAAAAUCCUGGCGAAAGUGAUAUCGACGCUUGUGCGAUUGCAUUUUUUGCGUGAUAAUUGAGCGGUAAAUUUAUUUACAGAGCGUUUCCACACACAGAGAGACCGACAAAAACGCUAAAACCGACGCAUUUCUCUUCGCAUCGCCUUUUCGCAAUGUCUUAAUGAAUUUGGUUAAAGGAAAAAACGCGUAAAAUGUUUUAGCUCUCUUAAAGUUGCGACAGCGCUUUUGUAAGCAGCGCUCGCGCUUCAGCGAUUCUCUGGCAAGGCUGGGGACAAUUAAAAUCCUUUUCUAUUCGCGAAAUUUAAUAUGCGAUUUAAAAGGUCUUAAAAUUAACAUUGCUUUCGAAAAAUCGUUGCUGUAAUGUAAUGUAAUUUAAUUGUGCAUGCACCUUGUAUAAAGUGUCUUUCACAUCUCGUCGAACUUCAAAGUUACAGCAAACAUCGCAUGCGAUCGGACAUAAAGAAAUGGUACGCCGGACAGAGCGUGUUCGUGACGGGCGCCACUGGCUUCAUGGGCAAAGUCCUCGUCGAGAAACUGCUUAGGUCGUGUCCCGACAUUUCGACCAUCUACGUCCUCAUCAGGCACAAGCGGGGGCGAGAUUCUGCGGAGCGACUCGAAGAUUUCCUCAACUGCCCGGUGUUUGACGGGAUCAGGGAUCAGCCGCAGGGUGAACGGAUCUUGAGCAAGCUGCAGUGCUGCAGCGGUGACGUCACGUACCCGAACUGUAACUUGUCAGAUCAGGACCUGGUGCUGCUCCGCGAUAACGUCACCACAGUUUUUCAUAUGGCCGCCAACGUCAGGUUCGAUCAGCCUCUAAAGAGUGCCGUGUUAUUAAACGUUGGUGGUACUUUAAACGUCCUGGAUCUGUCCUGCACAUUCAAGAACUUACGAGCGUUCGUCCACGUCUCAACUUCGUACUGCCACUGCGACGAAACCGACCUCGAAGAGAAACUCUACCCUGCUCCGCACAAUCCUAGGCACAUCCUCGAAAUGGCCAAAUGGAUGGACAACGAGUUGCUGAAAAUGCUCACCCCUAAACUGAUCCGGAACUAUCCCAACACGUACGCUUUUACCAAGUGCCUGACGGAACAGUUGGUAUCUGAAUACAGCAUCAAACUGCCCAUCGCCGUGACCAGACCGUCGAUAGUCAUUGCCUCGUGGAAGGAACCGUUUCCAGGUUGGGUGGACAAUCUCAACGGGCCUACCGGUAUUCUGAUAGGUGCUGGCAAGGGCGUGAUUCGAUCCAUGCACUGUAACGGAAACUUCAUUGCGGAUGUUGUACCGGUGGAUGUAGGGGUCAACUCUUUGAUAAUCGCAGGCUGGAAGACUGGGCUGGAACCCAGGAAAAACGUGGCAGAAGUCUACCACAUCACAGCGGACACGAACUGCGCGUUGAGUUGGUCGGAAGCUUUGGAAUUGGGUAGGAAGCAUUUCUACGACUACCCCUUCAGCGUAUGCUUGUGGUACCCCGGAGGUAAUAUCAAGUCGACUUACUUCGCACACGCUGUCGCGGCCUUUUUCUUGCACAUUGUCCCCGCCUACCUGGUCGAUUUUCUCAUGUAUCUGACCAAUAACAAGACAUUCAUGGUACGCACCCAGAAAAGAAUCGAGAACGGUUUGAGCGUGUUGCAGUACUAUACGACCAGACCGUGGCACUUUCAUAACGAAAAACUCGCUAAAAUCGCCGAGGAACUCGACGAAACAGAUCGCGAAAUAUUUUUCACGGAUCAGACGAAAAUCGAUUACAACGAAUAUAUGAAGAACUACAUAUUGGGCGCUAGGAAAUAUUGCGUCCACGAGGAACCGGACACUCUGCCCCACGCCAGAAAAUUACUGAAAAGGUUGUACUAUCUGGACGUUUUCAAGAACAUCCUUCUGAUCGGGCUGGUUCUAUGGGUGCUCUAUUUUUUGGUGACGAGCUUUUACGACCAAACCGACGGUAUCCAGAGGUCGUUCAAUGCCACUGUCAGUCAGCAACACGUCAAACCUGUCAAAAAUUAUGUGAUGUGGGAGGCUUGAGCUGCCCCCUUGCGUAUUUGCCCGUAUUUAUUUAAUGUAUAAGUAUGUUUUCUUUUUUUAAAUCUAGCUUUGUAUUUUGAAUGUAAAUAAACGCUUCGA